AUGAAGUUUUUGACUACCAAUUUUCUAAAGUGUUCUGUGAAGGGUUGCGACACCAGCAAUGACAACUUCCCGCUGGCGUACGGUGAGUGCCAGCUGGUGCAGGACGAGAGCAUAGAGUUCAACCCAGAGUUUCUGAUCAACAUCCUGGACCGUGUGGACUGGCCUGCUGUGGUGCGUGUGGCGCAUGACCUGGGCAACGACGCGCUUCCGAUGGAGAAGCCCGAGUUCCAGGUGAACAGCGAAGGGGAGUUCGAUGCGGACCAGGUAGCUGUGCUAAGGGACCUGCACACGCUGCUGCUGCAAACCUCGAUAGUGGAGGGCCAGAUGUCCUGCAGAAACUGCGGCCACAUAUACUACAUCAAGAAUAGCAUCCCAAACCUGCUGCUGCCACCACACCUGGCUUGA